AUGGUAACAGUCAACGCCAGCAUAGUGCCCGUGGUGCACACCAUAUGUGCGUCCUCCGCAUUCUUGGCGGCACUCAUUGUCGGAUGGAAACUGCAUUUCCACAAAAUUGUAACAAAUGCACACUACACAUACCCUGAUGAAUGGUUUCCGAGUGUCUCGGCGACCAUUGGAGACCGCUAUCCAGAAAGAUCGAUAUUUCAGAUCCUGAUAGCGCUAACGUCGUUCCCGCGGUUUUUACUACUUCUUGGCCACUAUAUGAUCAAUAAGUCGCUGUUGUGCUUCCUAGUCGGACUUGCGAGAACUGUAAGCUGCGGCGGCUGGGUCUACAUUACGAGUACAGACGACCACGACACUCAUGACGUCUUCAUGAUCGCGUACAUCAUUUUGACGCUGCCUUGGGAUUUACUGGUCAUCCGGAAAUCUGAAUUCAAAACAGGGAAAAUUGCCGCUAUGACAGCGUUUUUCGGCACUAUCGUCCCACUCAUCUACUGGUAUGUGCAGCAUCAAGUCCACAAGAGGGCUGGUGCGUACUCGGUCUACGCUUACUUUGAAUGGUCUUUGAUCAUACUGGACAUCGCCUUUGACGCAUUGGCGUACCACGACUUCAAGAAGCUCAGCCUCAACCUGGAGCUCACUUCGGACAUCGGAAACUGGUUCUUCAUGUUCAAGAAUAAGGACUCUUCGAAACCGGCUGCGGCAAACGCGCUGAAAAAGACCGUAGACGAAGAGGUCAGAGAUAUUUCCUACGCUCAGGAGUGUACUCAGGACUCGAUUGAUCUCGACUACGCUCCACCUGGAGAAGAAGAUGUGGAUGACAACGACUCUGACUCGUUUGCCGACGAGAGUAUGGGGCUGCUGCAAUCCGAUGAGGCUGAACUAAAGAUUAUGAUCCAGGAAGAGGACGAUAUUAUCUACCUUGCGGACAACGGUUCCGCUAUCCGCGUCCCUGCGCAGGAUUCUUUUGCUUACAUUCUGGUGAACCUGCUGAACUCCAUGCUGUUUUGGACAUUGGUCACCUCUCUGCUGUGUAUGGUGUGGUAUUUCCCUCUUUGGUACAUGGGUAUUUCAGGCUACGAAGCAUCUAUUUUCGCGUUCGUUUCGCCCUUCCUCCUUUACCUUCCAUGCGUCCCUAUGAUCAGUGGAGUCUAUGGUCCCUUGUUUACUGCUCUGGUUGGGAUUGGCGCUUAUCUUGUUCCUCAGCCUGAAUCCAGGUUGCUGACUGCUUCGUUGGCUGGUGGUAUAACGGCGCUAACGUUCACGAACACCUUGAAGGACAUCAGCAACCAAGCCUCAACUCAUAUGUUUGCCAUUACAUGGGUAUUGGGCCUCGCAACCUCUGUCAUCCUAAAGAUGGCGUUCUUUUCCAAUAACCCUCUGUGGCCCAUUCUGAACGAGGAGAAUGGUGGAUGGAACAAGACCGGGUUGGCGGUGAUGACCCUUGUUGCGGUCUUCACUCCAAGCGUGAAUGCUGUUCAUUACCAAAACCCUGACACUCAGGUUAACGAAAAGCCUUGCUUUGCGAAAAAGUUGACCAUUUCUGCUGGAUUUGGUGCACUGAUUUUCUCUAUUCAUCAACUGCUAACAGACGCUUCAACUAUUAUUUACUGGUCAUGGGAAGGUUGGGACACAAACGGCUCUCAAGGUCCCUUGACAUGGCCCUACAGCUCUUUGACGUGCGCCGGCUUAGUUCUAGCAUGUUUGAGUACCAAAUACAUCCUUGGAAAGCCUGCAAUUCCAUCCCUUAUUUUGUGUCUCUCUACCUGUGUCCUCGCUUCAAACUCAAUAACUGGAUGGACGAAGUAUAUUUUUGGCGGUUUGGUGUAUGUUUUUGGGACUAUUUGGAUGGUGCCCCUGUACUUUUCCAAAAUGAAUGUCAUUAAGAGCCCCGGAGCUUUCAGUUUUGCAUUUGUUGUCUACUUGAUCUUAGUUCUAGCGCAUGUGUGGACCGUUGCCUACGCAUUUGUUCCUUUCGGUUGGGUUUUACGUGAGAGAAUUGGAGUUGUUCUAUCUCUGACCACUAGUAUGAUUGUUGCUGGCGGUUUAUCCGGUGCGGAGGGGACAUCGGGGACGCGUAAAAUCAGUAAGAAGUUUUGGACGCGUAUUUACUUUGUUGGCUUUGUUAUGUUGGCCUCUAUCGGGGGUAUCACGUAUAACCUUGCACCCACUGGAGUUCCCACACCUUAUAAUAUCGAGGAUAACGUAAUAACAGCUGGUAUUUGGACCAUUCAUUUCGGGCUAGACAACGACUUAUGGUCUUCCGAGCAAAAAAUGAUUGACCUUAUCAGAGACAUGGAACUAGAUGUGGUCGGCUUGCUUGAAACGGACACGCAACGUAUCACAAUGGGUAACAGGGAUCUCACGAGUAAGAUGGCGCAUGACCUGGAGAUGUACGCCGACUUCGGGCCAGGACCAAACAAGCACACCUGGGGUUGCGUUUUGCUUUCUAAAUUCCCUAUCAUCAACUCAACGCAUCACCUAAUGCCCUCGCCUGUUGGGGAGUUGGCACCUGCCAUUCAUGCUACAUUGAAAACUUACGACGACAUCCUGGUAGACGUUUUCGUGUUCCACGGGGGCCAAGAAGAAGAUGAAGAAGACAGAAGACUGCAAAGUGAAGAAAUGGCUAGAUUGAUGGGUAACACUGACCGUCCUACCAUUUUAUUGAGUUAUCUUGUCACUGAUCCACACGAGGGAAACUACAACAACUAUGUCAGCGAAAAGUCGGGAAUGCACGACAUCGAUCCUGAUGAUGACGACAGAUGGUGUCAAUACAUUCUCUACAAGAAACUCGGGAGAAGCGGAUACGCUCGCGUCAGCCGUGGUUCAGUCACGGAUACGGAAUUGCAAGUGGGGAAAUUUAGAGUUCUUGACAACGAGGAGUUAGCUGCCUAUGGCGACUCAAUUUACGACGCUACCCUCUUAGAGGAUGGAGCGGAGAUCUCUGAAGGACUGAAGUUCCCAGACAAAUUCAAGGGCGAGGGUGAAAGAGGUCAUUAUUACCACGUAUUUGACGAGCCCAGAUACUACCAAACCCCGUGGGAAGUAUAA